ACAUAUUUGUUACAUAAUAACUUAUGCUAUAAUUAUGUGACAAUACAUUACAACACAUGUUUUGGAUUAAAAAAAAAUGUUUUUACAGUUCUGGUAUUUACACAGUCAGGAAAACAUGAAGUAAUUCAUCAGUAGUCAUCAGUCAAGUGUGGAUAUUCUGCUUUUAUAUCGAUUGACAGAUAGGCUAACAGAGUUUAUGUAACCAAUGAUGAAAUUAUAAUAUUUCAUGUACAGUGCCCUCCAAAAGUAUUGGAAUGGCAAGGUCGAUUCCUUUGUUUUUGUUGUAUACUGAAGACAUUUGGGUUUCAGAUCAAAAGUUCAGAAUUCUAGCUGUGUUAAUGUGUUAAACAACUCAGGACAGAGCACCUUUUGUUUGAACCCACCCACUUUUCAAGUGAGCGAAAUUAUUGUUUCUAGUUGCUCAGGCAUGGCCUUUUAGAUUGAUUUCUUAAACAUUAGUGCUUGUUUUUGUCUGGGUUUCACAUGUGAAAACUGCAUUUUGCUGUUACGCAAACAUGAAGACCAGAGAGCUGUAUAUGGGAGAAAAGCAAACCAUUUUGAAGCUGAGAGAAGAGGGAAAAUUGAGCCUAUCCCAGCUAUCUCCGGGCGAGAGGCUGGGUACACCCUGAACUGGUCACCAGCCAAUCUCACUAAUAAGAAUAAUUUCUACAAAUAUAAUGGGGACCUCGCAGGUCACUGCUUGGCCCAAACUAGAGCUGCGAGCAGCUAUAAUCGGGCCCUCGUACCCCGCCCCCGUUGGGGUCCUGGCAGGUUGGGGUAUUGGGACAAUGAAGUAAGGGCCGCAAAUUGCGGUAGGUUGGACACCACGAUGUAGGACAAGUGCAGAGGUAUGGCCCAUAUUGAGUAAAUCUGGGUCACACAAAAUGUUGAUGUAUCUGAGGACACUUUUGAUGAUCUCUCCUCUCAGCUGGCUGCUUGAAAUCUUUAACUGACAAUGACAGGCUGGCCACCCAGCAGUUCGUGUGUAAUAACAAAUCAAGCAGAGCCAGAAGAGCUGAGCAUACAUUCAGAAGACUAAAGGGCAGAUGGAGAUGCCGGUUAAAACGCAAUGACUGCCAUCUUAGAAAGGUAAAGUCUAUGGUCUUAACAUGUUGUGUUUUGCAUCAUCCGUGUAAACUGAAUGGGGAAGACUUUCCAGUUCAAUGGGGAUGUGGAAGCCCCCUUGUUUUAUUAACCUCCAAAAGUUUUUCCAACCCAGUCAUGUCCAUCCAUCCAUCCAUCCAUUUUCUGAGCCGCUUAUCCUCACGAGGGUCACGGGAGUGCUGGAGCCUAUCCCAGCUAUCUUCGGGCAGGAGGCGGGGUACACCCUGAACUGGUUGCCAGCCAAUCGCAGGGCACAUACAAACAAACAACCAUCCGCACUCACAUUCACACCUGUGGACCUUCAAUUAACCUACCAUGCAUGUUUUGGGGAUGUGGGAGGAAACCGGAGUGCCCGGAGAAAACCCACGCAGGCACGUGGAGAACAUGCAAACUCCACAUAGGCGGGGCCGUGGAUUGAACCCAGGUCUUCAGAACUGUGAGGCAGGCGCUCUAACCAGUCGCCCACCGUGCGGCCACCAAGUCAUCCACCUGUGAGAUGUGUGGAAUGAUAGGAGUCCGAGAUGCCUUUUAUUCCAAAACAAAGCGUUUCUGCAGUGUUUCUUGUUCCAGGAGCUAUUCUUCCAAUUCCAAAAAAGCAAGCAUAUUAGCGAGACUCCAGGGCAAGCCUCCAACAAAAAAAGCAAAAGUAUUACAGAAGCAACCUCUUGUGGCAAAAUUGGCAGCUUAUGCUCAGUACCAAGCAAGUCAACAGAACCAGGCCAAAUCAAAAGCCGUGGUUCCAACUGAAAGUUUUGACUGGGGUCAGUAUAUCUGUGUCAAUAACACAUCUGGAGCUCCAGUCAGCUGUUUCAAGCAUGCCCCCAUGGGGACAUGCUGGGGAGGUAUUGAAGAAGGGGUGAGAAUUGAAGUGCUCAACUCUGACACCAACCACUUGACUAAGGUGUACUGGAUAGCAGAAAUUGUUAAGCUAGCAGGCUUCAAGGCUCUCCUGCGUUAUGAAGGUUUUGACAUUGACAGCAGUAAGGACUUCUGGUGUAAUCUCUGUAUCCCAGAGGUUCAUCCUGUGGGCUGGUGUGCCUCUAGUGGAAAACCUCUUGUACCUCCAAAAAGCAUACAGCAUAAGCAUUCUAACUGGAAGGCAUUUCUUGUCAAGCGUCUCACUGGAGCUAAAACACUGCCACCCGACUUUAAUGCCAAGGUUCAUGAAAACACACAGUACCCCUUUAAGAAGCUGAUGCGAGUAGAGGUGGUGGAUAAAAACUAUCUGUGCCGGACACGAGUGGCCUUGGUGGAGCAAGUGAUUGGAGGUCGCCUCAGGCUGGUCUAUGAAGAGAGCCAGGAUGGAUCAGAUGACUUCUGGUGUCAUAUGUACAGCCCUCUCAUUCAUAAUAUUGGAUGGUCACGCAGCAUUGGACACCGCUUUAAAAGAUCUGAUGUAACAAAGAAAAUUGAAGGUCAAGUUGAUGCCCCGCCGCAGCUCUUCCAAAAGGUUAGAGAUGUGGACCAAAGUGGGGAUUGGUUCAAAGAUGGCAUGAAGUUGGAAGCUAUUGACCCUCUCAAUCUCUCAGCGAUAUGUGUAGCCACUGUAAGAAAGGUGUUGGCAGAUGGGUAUCUUAUGAUUGGAAUUGAUGGUUCUGAGGCGGUGGAUGGAUCAGACUGGUUCUGCUACCAUGGCACCUCACCUUCCAUCUUCCCUGUGGGCUUCUGUGAAAUCAACAACAUUGAAGUGACCUCCCCUCGAGGGUACACGAAGAUGCCAUUUAAAUGGUUUGACUACCUCAGAGAAACUGGUUCGAUAGCUGCUCCUGUUAAGCUCUUUAACAAGGAAGUUCCCAAUCAUGGUUUCCAACGAGGCAUGAAGCUGGAAGCUGUUGACCUGAUGGAGCCACGUCUGGUGUGUGUUGCUACAGUGACAAGAAUUGUACAUCGGCUAUUAAGGAUCCACUUUGAUGGCUGGGAAGAUGAAUAUGACCAGUGGGUUGACUGUGAGUCACCUGAUCUCUAUCCUGUGGGUUGGUGUCAGCUGACGGGAUAUCAACUCCAACCCCCUGCAUCCCAGAGUACCAGAGAAAUGUCUCAGUCCCUCCCCAAGCAGAAGAAAAAGGCCCAGCAGUAUAAAGGCCAAAAGAAAAAGAGGAAGAUUCCGGUUGGUCGGCGGCCCUUCAGUCAGACAGGCAGGAGGAGAAGCUUCUCAGGUGAUGAAGAGCAGAGUCCACCCUUUUAUCAUGUCGAGGGGCCAACUCAGCUCCAACUCCGAACUCACCUCCACCAAACCCAUAAAUCAGACUCACUUCUGCGAAUGAAGGAGGAAAUGAUGGAGGUGGAUGAGUUCAACUUUUCCCAGGGCACCUCUGAUCAGGAGAGUAAUGGCUCAGGCACAUUCUACAUUAAACAGGAACCCUAAGUUCAAAGUAGGAAAAACAGGAGAAUGAUCGUUCUCUGCAAGAGUCUGAAUUAUGGAGAAUCGAUGUGAGUUCAAAUUACACUUAAAGGCACAUAUUUCCAAUGGAGAAGUAAGGUAAUGAAGAGAACAUGGUCAGUUCCACACCUUGAAAAAAACCUAUGGUUCUUCUCCGCAAUCAUUUCCAUGUAUGUAUAGAUCACAGAUGUUAUGUCUCCUUUCUCGUAUCUCCUGUCUGAACAUUCAACCAUGGUAAAACUUUAUUUUUUCUUUUCAUUUUUUUUUAACGAAACAACCUUUUUCCAGUGGCGCUCUUAUGUACUCCAUGUCAAUUUCAGCUGCCCCAGGCCUGUAUAAACUGUGAUAACUCUGUAUUGCGCUGGGUCUUUUUUUGUUUUUUAAUUUUAUUACACGUUACUUAGCCACUGAACACAUAAAUUGUAAAUUACCUGAGAUAAUAGAAGCAGGCACAAAGAGGAACAAUUAUUAUAUGUAAUAAUUCUAUUUUCUUUUUCUGUUUUUUCUUAAUUCACACAGCAUAGUUAUAAUAGUACUUGAAUUGUUUCUUGUUUUUGUCUUAGUUUUUACAGUUGCUUUUGUUGGCUUUUUGGUGAAACCUUAAAUGUAAAUUAAAAUGGUUAUAUCGAUUAGUAUGUGGAAAAUUAUAAACAAAGAAGUGCAAAGUAUAGGUAUGAAAGGUUUUAAUAUUAUUACAGUCAUCCAAAGCACUGCAAAUGCUGCAAAGAAUUACUCAGUAUCCUUCACGUUUCUUAUAAAGGUUUUCAGAGCUGCAUUUAUUUCUGAUUCAACCGUAAACCACUAAGAAAUGUGGUGACUAUAUUCAACAUUCAUGUUUCACUAACAGUCCAGCAGUCAGAGAAGACCUGUCUUAUUAGAAGCUGCAUUGGCAUCCUCUGUCACAAUCUCUUGAUUGUUACAGUAUUAAUAUAUCCACAUUAAAGCUACUCCUGCUAACCUUUGAAAAAAAACAUUUAACAGCUAUUUAGAUUAAUACUUGCUGCUGAGACUUGACCAUUUUUUCAGUAGAACUGUAGUAGACAGAAUCUUUAUGAAAACAUUUUUUAAUAAAGAAUACAUGAUAAAUGAUGUCAGUAAUUUAACUACCCCCUCUUAAUGUAGCUCAAAUUAGUCAAUGGAUUUCUUAAGGUCAUCAAUCUGUAGGUACCAGUAGCAGUUAAUCUCUCCAACUACAUUCAUAUACAUUGACAUAUUUCUUUAUUAAUCUAUAAAAUAUUAACCUGGAGCGACAGUUAUGAAUUGUCUGACUAAUUUUAAUUAAUUUUAUCUUGAGUACAAAACAAAAUAUUGCAGUAAUUGUAUUUUGUUUUGUCUUAACUGUUUAAAAGAGACAUGGUGUGAAUUAGUUUUCCAUAAAUUAAUGAAAAAAACACAUAGUAGCAGGGUAUAUUGUAUUCACCCUCACUGGUAUGAGACAGAGAGAGAAAAAAUUAACCUACUUUCACAGCUUGGAUACCUUAUCAAAUGUGUGUAAGGUGCAUGUAUUGGCCGAUGGGAAUAGGAAAUGCCCUUAUCUGUUUUCUAUACUGUUGUACCUUGUUGAGGGUCACCACGUAGUUGGAGCCUUUACAUACUUUACAAACAAAGGUACUCUUCGUAAUUAGUUAGUCUAUAAGGAGUUGGACUAUUACCCUUUGAAGAAACCAUUUUAACAAGUUAAUACAGUUGCCUUGUGUCUUAACAUCUCUGUGACAUGCUUUUGUCAAAAUACCAUAAGGAUCAAGAGUUGCAGUACACACCACACCCCAUUUUUAAUGCUGCGUUCACACCGGACACAAAGAAUACCUUCACCCCACGUUACUCGUGCAAGUUUGACCGCAGUAGUUGUGUAUACAGUGGGUCCGGAAUCCGUACCCGUAUAUAUGUAUACAGUGGGUACGGAAACUAAACUAUUCAGACCCCCUUGAAUUUUUAACUCUUUGUUAUAUUGCAGUCAUUUGCUAAAAUCAUUUAAGUUCAUUUUUUUUCCUCAUUAAUGUUCACACAGCACCCCAUAUUGACAGAAAAAAACUGAAUUGUUGAAAUUUUUGCAGAUUUAUUAAAAAAGAAAAACUGAAAUUCAAACAAUUCUGUUUUUUUUCUGUCAAUAUGGGGUGCUGUGUGUACAUUAAUGAG